AUGACAUCUCUCCCCAAAGCCCCAUCGCCAAUGCCCACAUUGCAGGGGCUGCGGCGCAGCCGGCGUCUGCAGCAGCUGGAAGCGGCAAGGCAGCAGCUGCAGCAGCUGCAGCAGCAGUGCCAGCAUGAUCAGCAGCAGCAGCAACAACAAGAACAACAAGAACAAGAACACAUCAAGCAGGAGAAACUAAUACCUUUGCAGGACGCGGGCUCACGUCAUGGUGUCUCCUGCCGCCUUACGAGGCAGCAAGAUACAGGCAACGAGCUACAUCUCUCCGAUCUCUCCGCACGCCGUACAGUAGUAUCAUCAUCGUCAGCGGCUGUUGCUGCUAUGCGGGAGCCGUGGGGGCUUCACACUGCACGGGGAGAGACAGCAGCAGCAGCAGGAGCUCCUGCUGCUCCUGCUGUCUCUCCCCGUGCGGUGGAGGCUGGCAGAAGAACACGGCUUAGCUGCACACUAACGCCGAAGGUGCACCGAUCGCCAGUGGCAGAGUGUGAUCGGCAUUCUGCAUCCCCCCUUGCCUUGCCUACUACGACAGUGGCAUCAGAAGGAACCCGAGUCGUUCGUGGUGUCUCUACCGCCGCAGAAGCAUCAACUCCAUGGCUGCGCAGGGCCUCCCCCUCCACAAGAAUACCAGGAGUACCUUCAGCUGCCUCCGCAGCGGUAGCAUCAAGAGCCAAUCUCCACUUUUCACUGACGUCCAGAGAGGACGUAGCGACGCCAGUGAGGCGCACUGUCACCUCGAGGGAUUCUUCACCCUUGACGCGAAGGCUAAAUCAAACUCCUGCGUGCAGAAACAGCAGCAGCAGAAGCAACCACAGCAAUAGCAGCAGCAGCAAUAGCAAUAGCGUCUGGCGUUGCGCUGGAAAUGCCAGCUGGGGACGUGUGCCUAGUCUAGCUGAAGCAGCAACAACACAAGCAGGAGCUGUGCGAGAGGCGGGAGUGGAAGAAAAAGAUGAUGUUAAAGGCAUCUUGGACCUGGCGAGCAUGAGCACUUGCCACAGCAGGGAGCAGGCCACCUCGAGCUCCAUGAAGAAUAAUUCUUGCUCCUCCAUCGCGUCUAAUGCAGAUGGCAUCAGCAAAAGCCGCAGCAGUAGCAGUGUUCAGAAAGUGGCGGCGAGAGCGGCCUUGCCAGCCGCAUCAGCAGGAGGUUCUAUGUCUUCAUCUAGCACGAGUCAGCAGGCAGGAGCAUCCCCCAUCGCAUCAGUUGUUGCAGCAGCAGCAGAGCGGCACGUGGUCUUCCACACGAGCAGCAGCAGCAGCAGCAGCAGCAGCAGCUUAACCACGGCCUCUGAAAGAGACUUUAUAUGUUUGCUGCAGCAGCAGAACCUCAUGCUUCAGCAGCACCUCCACCAGCAGCGACGAGAGCGGCGGCAUUUACUGCUGCUGCUGUGCUGCUGCCUGGGGUUGCUGCUGUUGACGAGCACUACUGCCUUCUGGGGGGAGGCCGGUUGGCAACAGCGUCGGUAUUAUGAAGAUGUUCUUGUACAGUCCCGCGCUGCUGCUGCUGCAGCAUCCAGCGGUACGACGACGACAUACUACUCGGAUGAAGCGUCUUUUUCGGGAGAAGAAGGUCCUUAUUCUGGAUGGGGUGUCGAGACGGUGAACAGCAGCAGCGGCAGCAGGAGCUGGAGCAGGCCGCAUCCCAAGAGCUGGCGUUCAAGGACCCCUAAGGAGAUGCCUCUGAAGUGCCUAUUUCUCCUCUUCUGGACUUGUGUCUGUUUCGUGUAAUGCGCAACCCUGAAUCUGCUAACUCUUAUCUUGGAAUGGAUCGUCGUAAGGCCCCUGCUGUGGCUCCUGCAGACCGUAGCCCUUCUCCUGCUGCGCUUCUCCGUUGCCUUGGUAGUGCUGGUGACGAUUUUGGCGGGCAUAGGCUCGUUGCUUGCCUCGUCGAUUAGCAGCAACAGCAACAGCGGCAGGGAGGGCACCCAGAAGGGCGGAGGGCCUAUCUGCGGAAGCGGCGAUGGCGUCGACUUGCUCAGACACUGCGAAAGCAGCAAUGGUGGCUGCGCCAGCCGCAGAGCAAGCAUCGGAGAAGGCGCAAAGAUGUCAUGUGAGGUUGCGGGAUUUUCAGCCCCAAGGCUGGUCUGCUCACGCAAGGAGCUUCUGGAAAACGAGGCUACCCCGUGGCCUGCCAGGCCUCGUCAGCCCUGGGGUUGCUGCUUAUCGGAAUAUGGAGAAACCGCUUCGGAAGGAGCACUCGCAUCAGAGGACGCAGAGGAGGGGCCGGAUGAGCAGGAUGUCGACAGAAGGCGGUGCCAGAGGGCAGCAUUAGAGGAAGGGGGCCCCUGGGGAAAAAAAUGGCAAAGGCCUCCUGAGGAAAUACGGCAGCACCGCGAAAGCGGCACGGCCAUGUUGGUUCUCCCUGGUUAG